CAGUCGGGCCGGCCGCAGGGGAGGCGGCGAGGCGGUCAGGACCCCUCUUCUCGGCUGCAGCGGCGGCGGCAUCAUGUACGGCUUCGUCAAUCACGCCCUGGAGCUGCUCGUCAUCCGGAACUACGGGCCCGCAGUCUGGGAGGACAUCAAGAAGGAGGCACAGCUGGAUGAAGAAGGCCAGUUUCUUGUCAGAAUAAUAUAUGAUGAUUCCAAGACCUAUGAUCUGGUUGCAGCUGCAAGCAAGGUUCUUAAUCUGAAUGCUGGGGAAAUUCUUCAGAUGUUUGGGAAGAUGUUUUUUGUGUUUUGUCAAGAAUCUGGCUAUGAUACAAUUCUGCGUGUUCUGGGCUCAAAUGUUAGAGAAUUUUUGCAGAACCUGGAUGCUCUGCAUGACCAUCUUGCUACUAUUUACCCAGGUAUGCGAGCCCCUUCCUUCAGAUGCACUGAUGCGGAGAAGGGGAAAGGACUCAUUCUGCAUUACUAUUCAGAAAGGGAAGGUCUACAGGAUAUUGUCAUUGGAAUCAUCAAAACAGUAGCUCAGCAGAUCCAUGGUACAGAAAUAGAUAUGAAGGUUAUUCAACAGCGGAAUGAGGAAUGUGACCACAUUCAGUUUUUAAUUGAAGAGAAAGAAUCUAAAGAAGAGGACUACUAUGAGGACCUCGACAGAUUUGAAGAAAAUGGUACCCAAGAGUCUCGCAUCAGUCCAUAUACUUUCUGCAAGGCUUUUCCUUUCCAUAUAAUAUUUGACAGAGAUCUGGUGGUCACACAGUGUGGCAAUGCAAUAUACAGAGUCCUUCCACAGCUGCAACCAGGAAAUUGCAGUCUUUUGUCAGUGUUCUCCUUGGUCCGGCCUCAUAUUGAUAUUAGUUUCCAUGGGAUCCUCUCACAUAUCAAUACAGUCUUCGUACUGAGGACCAAGGAGGGGCUGUUGGAUGUAGAGAAGCUGGAGUGUGAAGAUGAGUUGACUGGCACAGAAAUCAGUUGCUUACGCCUGAAAGGGCAAAUGAUCUACUUGCCUGAAGCAGACAGCAUUCUCUUUCUUUGUUCACCAAGUGUUAUGAACUUGGAUGAUUUAACCAGAAGAGGGUUAUAUCUGAGUGAUAUUCCAUUGCAUGAUGCUACCCGUGAUCUGGUUCUUUUGGGAGAGCAGUUCAGAGAGGAAUAUAAACUGACUCAAGAGCUUGAGAUCCUCACUGACAGACUGCAGCACACACUACGUGCACUCGAAGAUGAAAAGAAAAAGACAGACACAUUACUGUACUCUGUUCUACCACCGUCGGUGGCAAAUGAGCUGAGACACAAGCGUCCUGUUCCAGCUAAGCGAUACGACAAUGUCACCAUUCUCUUUAGUGGCAUUGUUGGAUUCAAUGCUUUCUGUAGUAAGCAUGCCUCUGGAGAGGGAGCUAUGAAGAUUGUUAAUCUUCUAAAUGAUCUUUACACGAGAUUUGAUAUUCUAACUGAUUCACGAAGGAAUCCAUUUGUUUACAAGGUGGAAACAGUUGGGGACAAAUAUAUGACUGUGAGUGGUCUACCAGAGCCUUGCAUUCAUCAUGCACGAUCUAUCUGCCACUUAGCAUUGGAUAUGAUGGAAAUAGCAGGCCAAGUUCAAGUUGAUGGGGAGCCUGUACAGAUAACAAUAGGAAUCCAUACUGGUGAGGUAGUCACAGGUGUCAUAGGCCAAAGGAUGCCACGUUACUGCCUGUUUGGAAAUACUGUCAAUUUAACAAGCAGGACAGAAACUACUGGAGAAAAGGGAAAGAUCAAUGUCUCUGAGUAUACGUACAGGUGUCUUAUGACACCAGAAAAUUCAGAUCCUCAGUUCCACCUGGAAUACAGGGGUCCAGUUUCUAUGAAGGGUAAAAAAGAACCAAUGCAGGUUUGGUUUUUGUCCCGAAAGAGUACAGAGACAGAGGUAUGACUAACCAAAGUGUAUUUUUCUUUUAAACGAGUUAUAAAUAUGACAAAUUUAAUCUAAGCCACUGAGAUCCAUUUGCAUUUGCAAACUAAAUGUUCCCUGGAAGAAAUGAACAGUUUUGUACAACACUUUUAUUAACGCAUUUACUAUUCUUGACAGCACAUUGAAGUCCUUGAUUAUUUGUCUGUGAAGUUUGUGCAGACCCUGAGGGAAUACUUUCAUAUUUCAAGAGGUCCUUGAGGGAAUGCUGGUGUUUAAAUAUAAAUAUCUCUUUAUGUACAGAUUUCUCCACUGUGCUAGACUUUGCAAUACAAUGCCCAUCAUAUAAUGUUUAACCGAUGUCUGGUUAUCAGCACUUUGAAAUUUACCAAUUCUGUGAGUGAAUAAAUGUGCCUUCAGAUAUUUAGGCAGCAGUCCAACAACUACACACAGGCAGGUUCGAACCUGGUGUGUGGGGUGUUCUGUUAACCUCAGAUGGAUCUUCUUGCUCACAAAUUGUUGUGUGAUAAAGGUCUUACUUCAGAAAUAUACAGAAUAAAAAUAUGUCUUCUGAUUGACAUAUGAAACUAAAUCUUCUUGUGAGAAUGAGAAUAGGGCGAGGCUCUUUAAGCACUAAGUUGUCUUUGAGCUUCUGUGAUCAUUUCAGAAGUUUGCACAUGUAGUAACCAAAAUCUUAUUAAAAAACAAUGAGAUUUAGACUCAGAAAUAGACUACGAAGUUUUACAUUUAAUCACAUUGCUUUGUGCCAGCCUAGCAGGUGUACAUUCCACCUAUUGCAAACAGGGAGAAAAAAAUAUCUGAAAGUAAUAUGCACAGCCUGAAUUCUAUCCAAAAGUAAUACAAAACAUUUUAAGCUAACGUAUUUAAUCUAAGAAAUACUGACUAGAAUAAUGUAAGUCAUCAGUUCCUUCACUGAACAUACAGGCCACAGGGACUUAAUUGCACUUCUGAAUCCUUGUGUGCCUCUGAAAAUGAAGUUUAGACUGUUAAACCGUUAUGGCCCUUUAGAAAAGAUUUAAUACAACUGGUAGCCAGGUGUAUGAAUAUUGACUGUUUAAUGGUUACCCUCAAUAUUAACUCUCACUAUUAAACUUCAGGGAACAGCCUGUAUUUUAACUCCGCUGAAGUCUGUAUUUUAGUAUAUAUUAGUUGUGCUAACAUUCUGGGUGCCACUUUUGAUCCUACUGUUAUGAUUUUGUUUUAUAUCAAGGUUAAAUGUAACUUCAUAUGGCUGCUGUUCUUUCAAAUCCAUACUUUUAUAUGAAAUAUGCAUAACUAAGCACCUUAGACUUAUUCUUUCUGCAUUAUAAAUUAAGUCCUAUCAUUUGUAUUGGGAAUAUUAUAAUGUUAAAUGUCAAGCUUCAGAAAAGUAUUGAGUCAGGUGCAUAUUUUCCUUAGUUCAGCUUCACAUGUGUUUAGAGUUCUAGAAGUUGACAAUUUUAAAUAUUGCAACUUCUUUUUAGAGAGCUUGUAAAACAGCUGGUUUUGUUAAUUAUGACAACAGCCCUGACAGGUACUUGCUGUUACUAUUGUCUAAUAAUUCAGCUUUGUAGAGAGGAACAUAGGAUAGAAAAAUAUUGUCAGUCUGGUUUUUGGGAGCACAUAAUAUCACAGUUUAAGCACACUUGAAAAGUCUCUCUUAAUUUGUGUUAGGCUUUUUUUUGUAUAUUAAAUUCAGACAUACAUAUAUUUCUCAUACACACAAGGACUUCUCCCAUCGCAGGUGUCUCUUUUUUGUUGUACUAAGUUUUGGAGAAUAGGAAACUAGAAGGAUAAGUUCAUGAAGUGUAUGACACUGAUAAUCAUUUUUUUCAGAGGUGAUUUUGAAAAGUGGAAGAAGAUAAUCUUAUAACGGUCUUUUCAUUCUUUUCCACUCCCUGCACCAUUUCAUCUGUUCACAAACAAAAAGAUGCACUAAGGUUUCCUCCUUUAAGAUGCUCUGAACCGUUGUUAUUUCUGACACAUUAUAGGCUGCAUAUAGUAGUGGUAAUCCAAAAGCAGAAAUCAAAUAAACACCUUUUUAUGUUUGAUUACCUUAUUGUAAUUACUUUGCUAAGGUACAGUUUUGGUUGUCUUUUCAGAUACUUAUUCUAUCUUUCAAACACACGUGUAUUCUUAUGAUUAGUAUCAUUUGCAGGGUGAUUAUCAGUGGGCGCCAUUCAUAAUAAUUAAUAUGGCAUGUUAACAUCUCUUAAGAAUCCAUGUGGUAAAUAAAUGUCUUGAGUGGUCACUCCCUGAAAAUAUUUCUUAAAUCUGUUUGAAGAUAUUUUCUCUGAUUGUUCUUUUAUUGUGAAGUUUUCUAUCUCCAGUAUGUUUAAAUCUAGAACUGAUUCGUAUUAGUGGUACACUCCCUUUUUCUGUUACACCUAUGAAAAUGGCAAUCUCAUCAUUUGCAUAUCUGUUAGCAUAACAGAUAAUGAAGCCCAGUGAUCAGUAUAUGAUAGGGGAAGUGGAAAAAGUGCUUACAGCUGACACAGCGAUAUAAAACCAGUGCUUAAAAUAUGCUGUCUUCACUGGGCAUGUAGAAUGUCAUCAGGUUGGAGCAACUCAGCAUACUUCAGACUUUGUUCCUAAGUUGGCAUCUCUAUUUUUCCCUCUUAAGAACUCUAUUCCAUAAUACCAUUCCAGCAAUAUUCAGAGCUGCAUCAGAAAUAUACAUAGAACCAAAGCAACCGUGACUUGUCUGCUUGCUUGCAUGAACAGAGGUUCACCUGCAACUUCUCUCAGGAGGAACACAUUUGUUGUAAAUCCUAAAGCAUGCAGAGAACCUCAGAUGCCUGACUGUGGUUUCCAUCUGUCCCCACUUCCAAAUAUGUUUCUCUUCUCCCAUGUCCCCAAAUUACUUAUGGGAGCAAGUCAAAAUAUCUCCAGUAGUCCCAUCAGGGAAUGUAGGAGUUGUUACAUUCCUACGUACAACACAUACAAAAGAAAUGUGUGUGUUACCUAUGCUCUGUUCUGUUAUUUACUAAUACUGGUUGCAAGUUGUCAAACAUAUUUUGUCACUGCACUGAUCCACUAUGUUGCUGCUUCAAAGAAAAUCCCUUACUUUUCAAAUUCUACUUGCAUGCAUUCAAGGAAACAAAGCAAGAUGCUUUCUGAGCUGAGGGAAGAGGAGAAGGAUCCUGAACAGGGUGCAAUACUGUCUCCAAAUAGGGAGCCAGGCAGUAAGGAUGAAUUAUGAAUGUUACUUUACUUCGUAUCUCCUAUUGUUAUGUGCAGUACCAUUGUCUUCUGCUCUUGUCCUGAAAUCGUACUCACCAUUUUCUUCCAGGCAUGCUUGCUACUUUUUCCUUAGUGUUUGGUACUCUCUCUCUGCUAUGAGCAUGUAUUUCAGGCUCUUUUUUUUUUUUUUUUUUUUAAUAUGCAUUUUUGCAUGUCAGUCCUGUGGCCCUUCCUAUCACCAGUUAUUACUGAAUGAAAUUGUAUAAUAUGCAUGCCACAUCUAACCACUCAAUCUGAUGCUUCACAUCUUCAUCUUCAUCUCUGCGGUACAGUGGUUGCAUAAAUCAGUGACUUUUCUGGGAAGACAGGAGGCAUUUCAAUUUUUUGGCAGAACAAAGAACCUAAAGAACUAUUUGUAAAAAGUGGUACAUAAAGCAUCAUUAUGGAAACUACUGCAUAAAACUUGUCUAUCAGAUUUACUUCUGCUACGACCAUGCUUCCUGUUCGUAUUGCAAAUAGCACUUGAUGCGCUGUUGAUUCCUGUUUAGAAAAAUGGUACCUUUUGAUGUCAUCCAGCAUUUUGGCUUUGUAGACACUAUGUAAACAUUUUCUGUAUUGAAAUGGGGCAGUUGUUUGUCCAACACUGCCAUCCGAAGCUUGUGCCAAUGUACUUUUACUGAAAUGCUUUUCGUUUUCAAUAUAUUUUUCAUUGAUUUAUAUUAACUAAAUGAAGUUGUCAUGUUAAUAAUAGAUUGCUGGACUGUUGUAGGCCAUCACUAGUGCUCUAAUUCUUUUCUGAUAGAGCCUUCAAAAUUGACAGGCGUACUGCCAGGACAGGGUUGUCGUGGUUGCCUUUUGUUUUGGUCUUUGAAUUUCAGAAAUGAUUUUAUUUUAUACCUUGGGAGAACCUGAUUGUAUUCUUGGCAUCGUGGCAUAAUUAAGAGAUUGUAAGCAGACAUAGUAAAAUUAGAUGAGAUUGCAGAUGCUUCACAUUUUUAACAUACAGUGCAUUUUUGUGUGUAUAAUAUCCAUUCUUAUGUCUGGCAUUUUCUGAAUAUUUGCAUUAUGAAUUAGAAUAGUGCAAUUACUUUGUGUAUAAGAGUUGUCUGUACCCAGUAUACUUUAUCAGCACAGAAUAUAUAUGUAUAAAUGUUUCAUGUUAAUGUGAGAAAUUGCAAUAAAUUAUUUUUUCCACUGA